AUGAAUGUUAUCGCAGAGGACGCGGGACAAGCGGAGCAGCAGCUACCUUCCAGCCCCCCUCCCAAGCUACCCAAACAUCGACUCGCCGUGUUGGCUGUAGAUCCAUCUAGCAGUUCGACUCGCGGCAGUCUCUUGGCUGACAAAACACGAAUGCCUCGCCUCUCUGUCGAUUCUCAAGCCUUUAUUCGGCCAUCCCCUAGUGCUGGUCAUCUGGGUGGGGUAGCUAGAGCUACGCAGGAGUCUGUUAUGCUCUGCGAGGCUGCAGGCCACGAUGUUGUCCUCGUAGAGACUGUUGGUGGGUACUUCAGGCAGAGAUGUAUCUAUAUAGCAUGA